UUAAAAAAUCCGUUUAGAAAGGGAGCAGUGGGGAGGGGAAACCGUAGGCAAGAUAUGGCACUCAACCAGGUACCGACCACUCUGGAAGAAGAAGAAGAAGACGUAGAAGAGCAAGAAGGGCAAUUUGAGUUUAAGGACGGCCCCUUUCAUCACCCUUCUGCUCCUUCCGACGAGCUAUUCGACAUCUCAACGACCGUGGAUCCUAGUUAUGUCAUCUCUCUGAUCCGGAAACUGUUACCGACCAAUUUGACUGGUGAGCAAGAGCUACAAACUAAAAACUCUGGAGAGAGUGUGGCUUCUAUAUCUAGAGACGGAGUAACGCAUUUGUCGGAAAAUGUAUCGGAGAGCAUGGACCUUGUCGAAGAUUCUCAUGAACUUGCUCAUGGAGAAAGAGUGAAUGAUGAAACAUAUUGUGAGGGAGUUGAGCAACCUGGUCAUGAUAUGUCGGUGAGAGAAGAAGCCUGGGAAGAGAAUGGUUGCGUUUUGUGGGAUCUGGCUGCUAGUAAAACUCAUGCAGAGCUGAUGGUGGAAAACCUCCUGCUUGAAGUGCUUUCAGCAAAUCUUAUGCUUCAGCAAUCUGUGCGGGCUACUGAGGUUAACAUUGGAAUUAUUGGAAACCUGGCUUGCCAUGAAGUUCCCAUGAAACAUAUAGUCUCUACAAGCGGAUUGAUUGAACUGAUUGUGAAUCAAUUAUUCAUAGAUGAUGCACAAUGCCUUUGUGAAGUGUUCCGUGUGUUAUGUUUGGGCGUUCGAAGUAGUGAGAGUAUUGCGUGGGCUGCGGCGCUACAAUCUGAGCGCAUUCUGUGCCGUAUUUUAUGGAUUGCUGAAAAUACCCUAAAUCGACAACUUAUAGAAAAGAGCAUCGAACUAUUAUUGGCCAUCAGUGAAAGUUCGCAGGAAGUUGUGCAUAUUCUGAUUCCACUUUUAAUGAAGAUGGGUUUACCAAGUCUUUUGACCAGUCUCUUGGCUUGUGAGAUCAGUGUUCUGACGAACGAAAGGGUAACUGAAAGGCUGUCAAUUCUUGACGUACUUCUCCGUGCAAUUGAAGCAAUUUCUAUUAUAGAUGGUCCUUCUCAGGAGAUCUCUUCAAACAAAGAGCUUUUUUAUCUGGUUUGUGCGCUAGUCAAAUUCCCGGACAAAGCUGAGAUUGCGAACUCUUGUGUCACUGCUGCAGUUUUAAUUGCGAAUAUUAUGUCUGAUGUAGCUGAUUUAGAUUCAGAGAUGUCGAAUGAUUUGACUUUCUUACAGGGUCUGCUUGAUAUUUUUCCUUUUGCUUCGGACGAUUUAGAAGCACGAGGUGCAGUUUGGAACAUCAUCGCAAGGUUACUGUUUCAAGUUCGCGAAAAUGAGAUGAGUCCAACAAGUCUGCAUCAAUAUGUUUCUGUCCUAGCAAGCAAAUCUGAGCUGAUUGAAGAUGAUCUUCUUGACCAUCAAUUAGACGGCUUAAAAUCAAAGGCUAGAACAACAGCUCUUAGAAGGAUAAUCACUAUCAUAAAUCAGUGGACUUCCUCAAAUGAUGGCGCCGAGGAGGAAAAUGCUGCAAAUGUUGCUAGAUUGUUGGAUUGCUGUCAGAAGCAUGCUGUAUGAGUAAGCGAUACCGCGUACUUUUAAAUCAACGACAUGUGCGGACUGAAUUUUGUUUGAACUGUCAAUUCAUAACCCACUACUAAUCUCUAAGGAUGUUAAGAAACCCUAACAAAAUUAACCGAGGAAUGAGAUCGGAACAAGAGAAAAAUAUUAGCUCUGUUGGGAUAGCACUCAGAAGUUGCCGGAGCUAAACAGAUACUUGGUAGGACCAGAAUGGCUUAGAAAUUCUCAGUAUGAUGCCCUUUUGGCUGCAUGUACAAUAGACCUAGUCAUGUUUUGCUGUGAAAUAGAGGGACCAAAAUCGCUACUCUCGUAGUUUGGCUAGUUUUGGGCUACUCGAGCUUCCUACAACUGUUCAAAGUGCAGCUCGGCUGUUUGAUGAAUCAAGACCAGGAUUGGAUAUUUA